AUGACGCCGCCCCGAUUGAAAGCCCUGCAGCAUUCCUCUCCUACCACAACGUCCAUCAGUAGAAGCACUACCACGACCAGGACAUCUAGACUCACACCCAGUCCGCCUUGUACUCUAGUCCGUCUCACCCAUCUCGCCAGCACUAGGUCCUUCACCACAACUCGAUCCCGUCAGCAAGAGCUUCCCACCGACCAAAACUACAACUUCUAUCGCACACACGGCCGCGCCUUCUUCAAGACCUUUACCCUCGCCUUCCUCACCUACCAGGUACUCUACUGGAGCUGGCUGACGCUGGAAGCGGAGGAGGAGAAAGAUGCGAAGAACGCGCAGAUCAAGAGUUUAGAGGGGGAAAUUCGGCUGUUGAGGGAGGGGAGGGGUUCUCAUACUGCUCCUGGCAGUGUCACCGAGGGGAGGCGGAUACUGGAUGAGGCUGGGGAGGACGGAUCGCUUUUGGAGGGCCUUGGAGCCCAAUUUGGUGGUGGGCUGCCAAAGGACGGUGGUGUGAAGGAAGAGGCAGCACCAGGGAAGAAUCAAGGCCAAGACAUCGACGGCAUGUUAAUCCCCGGCGUGAAAGGAAAGGACAUACGGUGA